GGUGUUGGUAAAUGGCAGCCCAACGGAGGAGUUUGAUUUGGAGAGAGGGUUGAGGCAAGGGGAUCCUUUGUCUCCAUUCCUAUUUCUAUGAUUAUGGAGGGGUUAAAUGGAUUGGUUAAAAAAGCAGAGUCUGAAGGACUGUUACAGGGAAUAGAGAUUGGUAAAAGGGGGCUGAGGGUUUCCUUGCUGCAAUUCGCAGAUGAUACGGUUAUCUUGGGAAGAGCUGACAGUGAAAAUAUUCUUAUGGUCAAAGCUAUUCUAAGAUGGUUUGAGAUAAUGUCAGGGCUGAGGAUUAACUACAGCAAAAGCAGUAUCUAUGGACUUAAUGUGAAAGAGAGCUGGGUAAGAGGAGCUGUAGGUACGCUUCGAUGUGGUAUAGGGGUGAAACCUUUCUCUUACUUGGGAAUGCUGAUUGGUGAAAAUCCAAGGAACAAGAAGUUUUGGGAUCCAAUAGUUAGAAAGUUUUGUGGUAAACUUGCCGUCUGGAAAUCUGCCCUACUGUCCUUUGGCGGUCGCCUCACGCUACUUCAGUCGGUACUUUCUGCUCUCCCUACUUUUUUUAUGUCUUUAUUAUUGAUGCCAAGUUCUGUGAAUGCUCAAUUAGUUAAAAUUCAAAGGGUAUUUUUGUGGGGUGGUGGGGAUGGGGGGAAUGACGAGAAGAGGAAGAUUUCGUGGGUGAAAUGGGAGGAUAUCUGUGGUAGCAAGGUGAAUGGAGGACUAGGAGUUCCUAAUUUACUCCGUAGAAAUUGGGCCUUGUUAGGAAAAUGGUGGUAUAGGCUAGGGGAUGGAAAGGAGGGGUUAUGGAAACGGGUAGUGAUAGAGAAAUAUUAUGGAGGUGGGCAGGAGGUCAAUAUUUCAGAUGUGGAGAAGCUGCGAGUGUCAAAGAUUUGGGGGGACAUUCUUAGAAUAGGUGGGAAAUCCAAUAGAUUAAAAUCUAUGCUGGUGAAGGGGUUUAAAUGGGAGGUAGGAGAUGGAAGCAGGGGUGGCGAAGGAAAAGGAUGGGUCGGGAGCAAGAUGAGGAAAAGGAGUUGUGGAAGGUUGGUGCCUUCUAAAGUGAGUAUUUUUGGGUGGAGAUUAUGCUUAGAUAGACUCCCAACUAGAAGGAAUUUACAGAAACGAGGAGUGACCUUUCAGGGGGAUAAUAUGAUGUGUGGAUUAUGCAAGAAGGGGGUGGAGGAGGUGGAUCACUUAUUUUGCACGUGCAUGGAAGCGUGGGUAGUUUGGGCUAAGAUGAUUAAGUGGUGGGGUAUGGAGCUGGUGAUGCCGGAUACAGUGAAGGGUGUGGCAGAGACUUUCAUCUACGAGCUAGGCAGUUUGGUAGGCAAGGAGAUGGGAGCUUUCAUUUUUCUUGUUACUGCUUGGUAUUUGUGGUAUAGGAGAAAUGUCUUGUGGCAAAGUAACCCAUUGGAGUGUGCAAGGGAGUUGAAGCGAUACAAGAAAUCCCUGAAGAUGUUUAAUCAGCAACAGAAAUGACUUCAGUUUAGUUGAAGUGUGUUCUUUACUGAUUAUUCUUGUUCUUUCAGGAUCUCCAUUUUUUUGUGCUCCUGCAGUGUCUUUUUAUUUGUGCAGGGAGUAUUGUUUUCUUUUUUUGUAAAAGGGCAAGAGUAUCUCUUAUACUCCAUUUAUCUUUUAUAUAAUAAUUCACUUUGCUGAUA